AUGGGUGUCCCCGCACUUUUCCGUUGGCUUUCCAACAAGUAUCCGAAGAUCAUCUCUCCGGUGAUCGAGGAACAGCCAUAUGAAGUCGAUGGCGAAGUUAUUCCGGUUGACACGACUAGGCCGAACCCAAAUGGCGAAGAAAUGGAUAACCUCUAUUUGGACAUGAAUGGUAUCGUCCAUCCAUGUACUCAUCCAGAAGGAAAGCCACCUCCAGCAAAUGAACAGGAAAUGAUGCUCGAGAUUUUCAAGUACACCGACAGAGUGGUGAACAUGGUUCGCCCGAGGAAGCUAUUGCUGAUCGCAGUUGAUGGCGUUGCACCCCGAGCGAAAAUGAAUCAACAACGUUCCCGACGGUUCCGUUCGGCUCAGGAGGCAAGGGAAAACGACGAGAAGAAAGAAGAAUUUCAGAAAUUGCUGGACCGACAAAACGCCGCCAAGGGAAUCAAACAGGAUGAAGGGAUACAAGAGAGUGUGAUAACGAAGACCUGGGAUAGCAAUGUGAUUACACCCGGCACACCAUUCAUGGAUAUUCUUGCUGCAUCCCUCAGGUUUUGGAUAGCUUAUAAACUGAACACGGAUCCGGCAUGGGAGAAGAUGAAAAUCGUCAUUAGUGAUGCUACCGUGCCAGGAGAGGGCGAACACAAAGUUAUGAAUUUCAUUCGCUCUCAGCGUCAAGAUCCAAACCAUGACCCUAACACGCGGCAUGUUCUAUACGGACUGGAUGCCGAUUUGAUCAUGUUGGGUCUUGCGACUCACGAGCCACAUUUCCGAGUCUUGCGAGAGGAUGUCUUCUUUCAAGAGUCCAGGCCUAGAACCUGUCGUCUCUGUGGCCAGACAGGUCAUAAAGCAGAAGAAUGCCGGGGUCAGGCUAAAGAAAAGAGCGGCGAGUUUGAUGAAAAACACAAAGCUACAUCUUUGAAGCCAUUCAUCUGGCUGAACGUAUCUGUCCUUCGAGAAUAUCUUGCUGUGGAGUUAAACGUGCCUCAACAGCGCUUUCCCUUUGACCUGGAACGAGCUCUGGAUGACUGGGUUUUCAUGUGUUUCUUUGUUGGCAACGAUUUCUUGCCGCAUCUUCCUUCAUUGGACAUUAGAGAAAAUGCAAUUGAUACGUUGAUAUCUCUAUGGCGCGAAAACAUCCCGCUCAUGGACGGAUACGUGACCCAAGAUGGAAUUGUCAACCUCAAGCAUGCACAGUUGAUUUUGACUGGCUUAGGGAAACAAGAAAAGUCAAUCUUCCAAAGGAGAAAGCAAGCUGAUGACAGAAAAGCUGCCAAUGAACGGCGCAGGAAGGAAGAAGACAAAAUGCGCAAAGACGAACAAUCUCGAAAACGUCGCAGAAGCUCCCCGAACUAUGGAAAUGCCGAUCCUCAACCCACCUCACCCAACACAAAGUCUCGCAAAUCAGGAGACGGUUUUAUCGCCUCGACCGAGGUUGAACUGAUAACCCCGACUCGAGGACAUUUGUCCAAGCAAGAUAGACAGCUAACGCAAAGUCUGGUUGUCAACCGCGGAGCCGUAUACAAAGCGAACAUGGCAAAUAAGAGUGCCGCUGCUGCUCUUAAAAGCCAGCUCCUGAAAGAUAAAACUGGCACUCCUGACACCGCAGAAUCCUCUGACGGCGCUGCAGGUGAAACAGAAGCUGCUCCAGAAGAUUCCGAGCAGGCCUCGCCAUCAGUCCUAGGGAAGAGAAAGGCAGAAGACACAGCAGAAGAUGUGGAAGCUGGGACCCCCGGGCGAGACUCGCCCACAGUGCCACCUCCAACGAAAGAAAACGAUGAACCUCCCCCUGAUACAGUCCGGCUGUGGGAGGACGGUUAUACUGAGAGAUACUACGAACAGAAAUUCCACGUUGACCCUAGUGACGUGGGCUUCAGGCACAAGGUUGCAAGAGCCUAUGCCGAAGGAUUGCAAUGGGUUCUCCUUUAUUACAUGCAAGGAUGUCCGUCCUGGACUUGGUAUUAUCCGUAUCAUUAUGCUCCCUUUGCAACCGAUUUCGUUGACUUGGGAGAUAUGGACAUAAAAUUUGACAAGGGGAAACCGUUCCGACCUUAUGAGCAGUUGAUGGGAGUUUUGCCGGCCUCCUCGAAUCAUGCUAUUCCUGAAAUCUUCCAUGACUUGAUGUCGGAUCCCAACAGUGAAAUCAUCGACUUUUACCCUGAAGAUUUCCCCGUCGACUUAAAUGGCAAGAAAUUUGCCUGGCAAGGAGUUGUUUUACUACCUUUCAUAGAUGAAGGCCGUCUGCUAGCAGCAAUGAACAAGAAGUAUCCGCUGUUGAGUCCGGAAGAACAGGCACGUAACACCAUGGGGAAAGACGUGCUGCUUCUUUGCGACCAACACCCUCUGUACCAGGAGCUGGCUACCAAUUUCUUUUCAAAGAAGCAAGGUGCUACAGAGUACGCACUCAACAUGCGUGUCAGUGGAGGACUAGCUGGGAAAGUGGAGCGUGACGACAAUUAUAUUCCCCAUAGCUCGCUAAAUCCACCCUAUGAUGUUGAUAUGCCUGCUGUUGAGGAGGAUAGGUCUAUUAUGGUCAAUUACGAAAUUCCAAAGUCAACUCACCUUCAUAAGUCGAUGCUUCUUCGGGGAGUACAGUUUGCCGUCCCAGCAUUGGACCAGGGAGAUAUCAGCGCCGUAAAGGCGAAGUCGCGUUCCGGUGGCCGCUUUGGUGGAAGAGGUGGCAAUGGAAACGGUCGAGGAGGAUACAUGAACCAUAAUGCUGGGCGGCCUCCCACGAAUGAUCGAGCCAAUCCAUUUGCUGCUCACUUGGAUCCGUCAUUUGUUCCGCCACCUAUGGGCGGUGCUGGAGGAUGGGCUCCUCCUUCGACAGGCCCUGGAGGCUAUUCGCGUGGCCCUCCACCUCCUCCUCGAGUCGGCGGUGGUGGUGCAUAUUAUCCUCCUCCUCCACCACCUCAUGGGUAUAACAAUGGUUAUUCCUACGGUCAAGGAAGCGCUCAUGGCUACCCCCCUCAAGGCCAACAGGGUCAUUACAAUAAUCCUGCCCAGUACAAUCAACGCGACCACUACGAUGGCUCGCAAGGUGGCUACCGGCCGAACAGUAAUUCGCGCGGCGGCUAUUCUGGACAGAGGCGAGACAACUAUCCUCGCGGUCGUUACUAA